AUUUGUUUAUUGCUAUGAAGAACUGGAAAGGCAACUCUACUAGUGGUAGUGGUAGUAGUAGUGGGUCUUCUUCAAAAAUAAGAACUCACUUUUCCUUUAUCUCUUCUUUUUCUUUGUUCAUUUCAUUUUCUAGCUCUUCAUCCAUUUUUAAGUUAAUUUGAUCCUUUCUGAAACUGUUUAAUAGUUGAAGAAUAUGGUUAAGGAGACUGAGUUUUAUGAUGUUCUUGGUGUCAGUCCUUCUGCUUCUGACGAUGACAUUCGUAAAGCUUACUAUCUUAAGGCCAGACAGGUUCAUCCUGAUAAAAAUCCAAAUGAUCCUCAGGCUGCUGAGAGAUUUCAGGUUUUAGGUGAAGCUUAUCAAGUUCUGAGUGAUCCUGUACAAAGAGAUGCUUAUGACAGAAAUGGAAAAUACAGCAUAUCAAGGGAAACAAUGCUUGAUCCUACAGCAGUCUUUGCUCUGUUAUUCGGAAGCGAAUUAUUCGAGGAUUACAUAGGACAUCUAUCUGUGGCAUCAAUGGCUUCAUCAGAAUUAUCUAUUGAAGAUCACAGUCCAGAGAAAUUAAAUGAGAAAUUGAAGGCUGUUCAAAGAGAAAGAGAAGAGAAGCUAGCAAAAUUUCUUAAAGAUUUUCUUAGCGAAUAUGUUCGAGGUGACAAGAUCGGGUUUGUAAGGCGUGUCAAAUCCGAGGCCAAACGCCUUGCGGAUGCAGCUUUUGGAAAUGAUUUAUUGCAAACAAUUGGCUAUGUAUAUUCAAGACAAGCGGCACAAGAGCUUGGAAAGAAGGCAAUUUAUCUUGGUGUCCCAUUUUUGACAGAAUGGGUUCGCAACAAGGGCCAUUUCUGGAAAUCACAGAUUACAGCAGCAAAAGGUGCAUUUCAGUUGCUGCAACUUCAGGACGAUAUGCGAAAGCAAUUUAGAAAUGAUGGCAGUGGCUCGGAAAAUGAUGUGGAAUCACAUCUUCGAUCAAAUAAAGAUAUAUUGAUGAACUCAUUGUGGAAAUUGAAUGUAGUUGAUAUUGAAGUUACUCUUGUUCAUGUGUGCCAAAUGGUUCUGAAAGAAAACAAUGUGAGGAAAGAAGAACUUAAAGCUCGUGCCCUGGCUUUGAAAAUUCUCGGCAAGAUCUUUCAGCAGGAGAACCAAGCACAAAAUGGUGCAACAUCAAAGGGAAAAAGUGCUGCAGAAUUUGAAGAUGACGACGAUGACAGCAGCUCUGAUAGCAGUAGCGAGGACGACUCACCACCACGAGCAGUAUCUUACAGAACUCCUCUACUUACUCAGGGUAUUGGAAGACUGUUCAGAUGCCUCUGUAAUCCGGCAUUUGAUGUGGAUGAUGACGAGAUUGUGUACAAAAGUAAAUGAACAGAAAUAACCACGCCAUGAUAUUGAAUUAAGGUUUUUUGUUUUUUGUUUUUUACAAUUUUUCUAGCCGGAAACAGAGGCUUCAUUUACAGCAGAUUCGGAAAUAUUGUUAAGUAAAACAAUAAAUUUCGAUUAAAUUGCAACUAAUAACAUUAUUUUGCUAUA